UCUCGUCGAAAAGUUACACCUCAUUUUCAUUUUGAUUCUGAUUGUCUUCGUGCCGUUUCCCCGGUCGCAGUUUCAGGGAACAUCGUUUCCUCCCUAUCGCUAACAACGAUUCGGAACUGCGACUAGUGGCACCAGCCUCGCGGGAGAAACAGUAGAAAGAAACUAUGGCUUCAGAUGGAUCUGUUCAAAGGCGUAUUUCGCUGAGAAAGAAAGUGAAUUUGCGUAGUUACGACGAGGGUUUGAUGAAUGAUGAGCUUUAUGACAAGAAGUUGGAGGAUAGUUUGAAGAAGAAAAGUAAGACUCCUGAAGAUUUGGAGAAAGAGACUCGAACCGAGUCUAUGAUUGCCUUUUCGCUUGGUUUUCCAAUUGAUGCUUUGCUUGAACAAGAGAUUCGAGCUGGUGUUGUGAGUGAAUUGGGUGGAAAAGAGCAGAAUGAUUAUCUUGUUGUAAGGAAUCAUAUAUUGGCUCUUUGGAGAGGGAAUGUUAGGAUGUGGUUGACAAAGGGACAGAUUCGAGAAACUGUUAGCAAUGAGUUUGAACAUUUGAUUAAUUCUGCUUAUGAGUUUCUUUUGUAUAAUGGGUACAUUAACUUUGGGGUUUCACCGUCGUUUACUUCUCAGUUGCCUGAGGCGACGGAAGGGACUGUGGUUGUUAUUGGUGCUGGCCUUGCUGGCUUGGCUGCAGCGAGGCAGCUUUUGUCGUUUGGUUAUAAGGUUGUGGUUUUGGAAGGUAGGAACCGUCCUGGUGGUAGGGUUUAUACUCAGAAGAUGGGGCAUGAGGGAAUAUUUGCGGCCAUGGAUCUUGGUGGGAGUGUUAUUACUGGAAUUCAUGCUAAUCCUUUGGGGGUUUUGGCACGACAGCUUUCAAUUCCACUUCAUAAAGUGAGAGUUAAUUGCCCUUUGUACAAGCCGAAUGGGGAACCGGUUGAUAAGGAAAUAGAUUCAAGUAUUGAAAUUGUAUUCAAUAAGUUGCUUGACAAAGUUAUGGAGCUGAGGCAAAUUAUGGGAGGGUUUAAGAGUGAUACCUCACUUGGUUCGGUCUUGGAGACACUCAAAUGUUUAUAUGCUGUGGCUCAGAGUACUGAUGAGAGGCAAUUGCUUGAUUGGCAUCUUGCGAAUUUAGAAUAUGCAAAUGCUGGAUGUCUUUCAAAUCUUUCGGCUGCCUAUUGGGAUCAGGAUGAUCCUUAUGAAAUGGGUGGUGAUCAUUGUUUUCUUGCUGGAGGCAAUUGGAGAUUGAUCAAAGGUUUAUGUGAAGGAGUUCCGAUUUUUUAUGGAAAGACAGUCAACACUAUCAGAUAUGGAAAUGAGGGUGUUGAGGUUAUUGCUGGGGAUCAAAUCUUUCAAGCAGAUUUCGCCUUAUGCACUGUGCCUCUUGGAGUUCUCAAAAAGAAGGCCAUUAGUUUUGAACCUGAGUUACCUGCAAGAAAGCUUGAAUCGAUUGAGAGGCUGGGUUUUGGGCUUCUCAACAAAGUUGCUAUGGUUUUUCCACAUGUGUUUUGGGGGGAAGAUCUCGACACAUUUGGAUGUCUCAAUGAAAAUAGUCAUGAACGUGGGGAGUUCUUUUUAUUUUACGCUUACCACACUGUUUCUGGGGGCCCUGCACUUAUUGCGCUUGUGGCUGGUGAAGCUGCACAAACCUUUGAAAGUACAGAUCCAUCCAUCUUGCUUCAUCGGGUUUUGACCACUCUAAAAGGUAUUUUUCAACCUAAAGGCAUCACUGUGCCUGAUCCAAUACAGACAAUUUGUACCAGAUGGGGCAGCGAUCCCCUUUCUUAUGGUUCAUACUCUCAUGUUAGUGUGCAAUCAUCUGGUAGGGAUUAUGAUAUACUUGCAGAAAAUGUGGGGAACCGACUGUUCUUUGCAGGUGAGGCCACUUGUAGGCAAUAUCCAGCCACUAUGCAUGGUGCUUUCAUGAGUGGCUUGAGAGAAGCUUCGUGCAUAUACCAGUUAACCCGUGUUCCGCAAAAUUAUCCUAAGAAGUCCCUGCCUAAGAAUAUAGGACAAGUCAAUGCUACCCUGGUUAAUUUGUUCAAGAUGCCUGAUUUGGAAUUCGGGAGAUUUGCUUUCAUAUUUGAUCUGUGGUCGGAAGAUCCGGAGUCAAGGGGGAUUCUGCAAAUUACUUUUGGUGGUACUGAAGAAAUUUACAAGGAGCUAUUAUACUGCUAUCCAGACACCACAAGGUUUCCUUUGCAGCUUUACACUAUUAUAUCCCGCGGACAGGCGCAUCAAAUGCAGGAAAUUACAGGAGGAGAUGAAAAUAGGUUGUCGUUUUUGACAAAAAGCCUCGGAUUGAAGCUUAUGGGUUCAACUGCUUUACUAAUUGAUGGCAACUCUGUAAUAGCUACCAUUGCUGGCUCACGAAAAGGCAAAAGGAAUCGCUCUGCACAACGCUGUAAUCCAAAGAAGAGUCCAUAAUCUGUAGAAGAUAUUAGUUUGUUGUAUAUGAGGUGCGUUUUAUUGUGUCUUGUUUUGAAAUCUUGUGCUAUAGGUGCCCUUCCAGAGGAAGUCAAUAAGAAUCAUAGUCGUAGAUCAAUAAUGUAAACAUAGAAUAAAAUUUCAAAUUAGCAGUUCAUGGGAUGGGUAAAAGAUUAUUUUACAGAGUAUCGUCUAUGGAAAUUUUUUAUGUUCAUGUAGACUUAGCUACACCCAACCCCAUAGAAAAAAUACAUAUUACUGGAUUUUACAGGCUUGUUUACCAUUGUUGUAGUUGUAACAAUUAUUUUGUUAAUUCCUUCAUUGGUUCCAUACAUCUCUA